CCACAUUUACUUGAAGAAAAGAGAGAUAUGGCGAGACACUUAGAAGGUGUAAUGAGCAUGGCUACUACAACACAUUUCGAUGCUAGCUACCUCUUUCAUGUUGUGUUCUUGGCUCUCAUCGGCUGUUGUGUCCUCUCGGCUAUGUUAUUCUCCUGCUCCGACGGAGUUUCCGACAACCGACGCUCUUCGGCAAACACUACCGGUGGCGGAGGUUGUGGGGGUGGCGGUUGCGGUGGUUGUGGAGGUUGAGAUUUCAUUCGUCUUCGUCGGGAAAGAACACACACAACAUUCGACCAUUUACUUUCGUAUUAUCGUGUUAUAUAUACAGUACAUCCUUUUUCUUUAGUAAGUGUAAUAAUAGAUUGUAUAGCUAUUAUUGUAUAGUAUAUGAAAAAAAAUUAUACUA